GUAAUAGUAGAAGAGGGUCCCGAGUCGAAUUUAUUAGGGUUUUAUUUUUGUUUCACUCUUAUUUUUCCCAUGUUUGUUUGAAACUCCAUGGCAUGCUUAGACAUGUACAACUCCGAGCAUAAGGGUCACCACUGCGCUCCAAUGAGCCCAAGGAUUUCCUUUUCCAGCGAUUUUGUUGAUGUCCAGCAGAAUACCAAGCAAGAGAGAAGCUCCAGGGAAGCACCAGUUUCCUCGGACUUUGAGUUUUCUGUGACAAACUAUUCCAUGAUGAGCGCUGACGAGCUUUUCUUCAAAGGCAGAUUUUUGCCUUUCAAGGACAAUUACAACCAGAUGCAGAGGACUACAACUCUGAGGGAAGAGCUUCUUGUUGAUGAUGAUCAUGAACAUAUCUCUCCAAGGCCACCUAAGGGAUCGACUCGGUGGAAAGGGCUUCUGGGUCUGAAAAGAACCCACAUAGGGUCGAAGAAAGCUGAUAAGAGUGAAGGAUCUGUGGAAAGAGUGGUUGAAAGUAAAAGGUCUGGUUUGGUCCACGAGGAAGCCCAUACUAGCAAGACUUCGCAGGAGAUGUUGAAUUAAGGCUGUCCAAGACACAAAUUAACGUGGAGUUGGGAUACUGUGCUGGCAUUGUUGAAGGUGAUAGAUACAUAGAGGUGAGUGGCAUUCUUUUGGGAAGGAAAAUGGGCGUGUUUGGAUGAACUUUUGAGGGUCCGGUCUGAACUGCGUUGCGUUAGUGCAUGGGUUGGUUUUCAACUUGGAUGUUUCUUCCUGCUGGUCAUGUAGCUGUUUACUGUACAAAAUGCACGCUGUUAAUUGAACUUUCCGAGUCAUGUUUUGACC